GGCGGCGGCGGCGGCGACGACCAAGAACACGGUGGUGGUACUCCACAAUGCAACCGUCGUCACCAUGGAUUCCGAUAGCCGAGUCUUUGCCGACGGUGGCAUCGUCAUCGAAAACGACACAAUCACUGCCAUCGGGCAAUCUUCUUCCAUUCUUCACCGCUUCUCCUUUCUCGCUCACCAGAUUUUCGAUCUCAGCGGCCACAUCUUACUCCCAGGACUGGUGAACACGCACGUGCACACCUCUCAGCAUCUGGCGAGAGGGAUAGCCGACGAUGUUGAUCUGAUGACGUGGUUGCACGGUCGGAUUUGGCCUUACGAAUCGAACAUGACGGAAGAAGAUUCCUACAUUUCCACUUUGCUCUGCUGCAUCGAGCUAAUCCGCUCCGGCGUUACUUGCUUUGCUGAAGCUGGUGGCCAACAUGUGCCUGAAAUGGCCAGGGCCGUGGAGUUACUCGGCCUGCGUGCCUGUUUAACACAGUCGACGAUGGAUGCCGGCGAUGGUUUGCCUCUGUCAUGGGCGCUUCGAACUACUGACGACUGUAUUCAGUCUCAGAAAGAGCUAUACACGAAGCACCACAACACAGCGGAUGGACGCAUUAGAGUAUGGUUUGGAAUUAGGCAAAUUAUGAAUUCGACUGAUCGUUUACUACUCGAAACAAGAGACAUUGCAAGAGAACUGAAAACUGGAAUCCACAUGCAUGUUGCAGAGAUACCUUAUGAGAACCAACAUGUGGUUGAGAGACGAAAAGCUGAUCUUGGAACAGUUACAUAUUUGGAGAAGAUAAAGUUUCUGCAAAAUAAUUUGCUAGCCGCCCACACAGUUUGGGUCAGCGACGCGGAGAUUGAUUCUCUAUCGAGGGCUGGAGUUAAAGUAUCUCAUUGUCCCGCUUCUGCAAUGCGAAUGCUUGGAUUUGCACCUAUUCGUGAGAUGCUUGAUGCUGGCAUAUGUGUCUCUCUGGGAACAGAUGGAGCACCAUCAAACAACAGAAUGAGCAUUGUAGAUGAGAUGUACCUGGCUUCUUUGAUUAAUAAAGGAAGGGAAGUAUUUGCAAAGGGGACUACCGAUCCUACCGUUCUCCUGGCUGAAACGGUUCUCAAAAUGGCAACAAUUAAUGGUGCAAAAUCUGUACUUUGGGAUGAUGAAAUCGGUUCACUUGAGGUUGGAAAAAAGGCUGACUUGGUUGUAAUAAAUCCUUCAAUUUGGUCCAUGGUUCCUGUUCAUGACUGCAUUUCCAGCCUUGUGUAUUGCAUGCGAACUGAAAAUGUGGUCUCUGUAAUGUGCAAUGGGAAGUGGAUUAUGAAGGAUAAGAAGAUAUUAAAUGUGAAUGAGGAAGAAAUUGUUUCGCUGGCAAAGCAAGCUUCCAUGGAUCUUCUGAAGAGGGCCGGAAUCAAAAUUCCAAACAGAAUGAAUAUACUCUGAUGCUUUGUGUCGUUUGUUUGCUUUUCUUCAUGAAAAGUGAA